AUUGCUUUAACAACCAAGUCACAUUUAAGGACUGAUUAAAGGAAGUGCAUGUGUCUACUCGGACCUGCCGCACAGUCAAGACAAGAUGGAGAAACUCUUGGUUGUCAUGGUGAUGCUUGCAUCAUGUUGCGCAGAAACCAGAGAUCUUUCUGGCAAAGUCUUUGUCUUCCCAAGGGAGACUUCCAAAGAUCACGUCAAACUGAUGACCCCUAAAACAUCAUUCAGUGCAGUGACAGUCUGUCUCAGAUUCCUCACAGAUCUCACCAGGAACUAUGGCCUCUUUUCUCUGGCCACGCCAGCCACCAGCAAUGAAUUUGUGCUCUUCAAGUUGAACACGGACGACGUGAUCAGUAUACAGGCACGGAACAGCGGCACGCACUUCCUGUCUCUGUCUUUUCCUCCCAACUCCUGGCACACCCUGUGCUCCACCUGGAACUCUGUAAACGGCAUCGCCCAACUGUGGGUAGAUGGCAAACCCACCGUCAAGAGAUUUGUCCACUCGGAGCAGCCCAUCAGUGGCAAGCCCAUCACCAUCCUGGGCCAAGAGCAGGACACUUACGGGGGAGGCUUUGACGCCACUCAGUCCUUCAUCGGCAUGAUCUCUCGACUUCACAUGUGGGACUACGUCCUCUCGCCUAAUGAGAUCCAACGCUAUGAGGAGGACUCAAACUUCAACCCUGGGAAUGUGUUCAACUGGAAAGCCCUCGACUUUGAAAUCACUGGCAACAUUUUGGUGGAAGAUGAAGUCAUGAAGUCAUGUAGAAGCAGGCAAUAAUCGUAUCCACAUAUGGUCUACAGCAGUGGUUCUCAAACCUCAAUUAAAUAUAUAAUGUAAAUAUAUAUAUAUAUAUAUAUAUAAUAAAUAAAGUUUUAUUUGGCGUUAAUCGAAGACACUUUAAAUCGUGGCAGUUGUGUGCUGACACCCAUUUAACAUUGAAUGUGAUUGGUUAAUUCUGAACACAGCCAUCCCCAGUUAUAAGAGAGUGUGCACACUUGUGCAACCACAUCAUCUCAGUUGUUUUACUUCCCCUUUCUAAAUAUGGAUUUUUUUAAAUUGAGGUGAACAGGUUAUAGGUCACCUUAAAGGUAGAUUAUUAUUACUUUUUUAAAAAUGAUUUAUCUCAGUGUAAUUUUUUAUAUAUCCCAAAAUCCUGGCAUUUGAACGGGGUGUGUAAACGUUUUAUAUCCACUGUAUGUCACAGUUAUAUCAGAAUUUUUAAUUGGCGCAAAGCUAAGGCUUGUGGACCCCAGUUCGAGAAUCACUGCUCUAACGAAAACCGGAUGAUUAAAAAAAUACGGCCUCGCUCAAUAAAAUGAACACCUAAACAACUUAGUUAACAUCUUUUACCGCUGCCCACGAGAUCCCCCAAUGCAGGACACCGUCCAUCGACUCAUCGGGAGCAUGCCUCAGGCCUUGUAGGGCGUGCAUACAGUCGCGUGGAGGCGAUCUGCAUGAGUCAUACGUGUUGAUGUGUCCUGAUGAAAGCAAAUUGUGAUGGCAUUUUUCACGGUAUUGACUCAGAAUGCAUAAAAGA